CCGCGCAUAAAGCUACCUGAGGCUGAGAGGUGCUAGGGGCACCUCUUGCAUUUUUGAAGCUACAAUACAACCCUGGUGCGCAGGAUAAUCCCAUGGCGCCCCACGAACUCCGCCGUCCGUUCAAACGCCCGCCUAUCUCCGACCAACAGCGUCGGCGUGAGCUCUCUCUCCUCCGUCAGGCGCAGAACCGCCGCGACGCCCAGAGCCACGCGCGGUGUCUUGCCUCCACAAUCGUCUCUCUACACUCCGAGCCGGAACCCUCCGUCGAGCUCGAGCUCGUGCCCGAACCUGAACCCGAGCCGGAGCACCAAGCCGGCGAUUUUGAUCUCCGACAGGCGGCGAAGCUUAGGGGGGUUGAAGGGCGCCGGUGGUUCGCGACGCAGCUGAUGCUCCCUGAGUGGAUGAUUGAUGUUCCCGAUGGAUUAUGUCAUGAUUGGUAUGUAUUUGCAAGGCCUGCAGGCAAACGAUGCUUUGUUGUUUCUUCUAAUGGAACAACAGUUAGUAGGCUUCGGAAUGGUUCUCUGUUGCACCGGUUUCCUUCUGCUUUACCCAGCGGUGCCAGGACCAAAGGCAACUCUUGUUCAGCUCAAUCAUAUUGCAUUCUUGACUGUAUAUUUCAUGAGUUGGAUCAAACUUACUACGUGAUAGACAUGGUUUGCUGGGCCGGAUACUCUCUCUAUGAAUGCACUGCCGAGUUCAGAUGUUUUUGGUUGAAUAGCAAGCUUGUUGAGUCGGGGGCCUGUGAACCUCCGUCAUUUUACCAUAAGUACACAUUUAGCCAGGUUUCUGUGUACAACUGUGACCAGGCAGGACUGCACACAGCUUAUGCGGGGCCAGUACCUUAUAUGAAGGAUGGAUUAUUGUUCUAUAACAAGCAUGCACAUUAUCAAACAGGUAAUACACCAUUGGCUUUAGUCUGGAAGGAUGAGAAGUGUAGUCAAUAUGUUGUUGAUACUGAUAGCAAAGGACUGGUUCCAAACCAACAACAGGUGGUUUUGGAGUUACAAGGUAAUGGCAAUCUAACGACAUCAGAUGAUCCUCCAGUUGUAUUUGGCUGUUUCGACACGGGCUUCGUAGAGAAGUCAGGACUACAAUCCGGAAAUCUGGUACGUUUUGCUGUUGGUGAUGGGGGAUUGGCUUUUGUGGACGGGAAACUGGAGAAGGCUGAUUUGCAGUACCUUGGUAAGGUUAACCGUGCACGAGCUUUUGCAGAUAGUUGCUCAAAGGUUGUGUUCCAAUACAUGGCUCGACAUUCUCCCCUACGGAUAGAAGAUAUUGCAUCCAUUAGCUCGUCAAGUGGACAAGACAACAGAACCAACGAAAUAGAGAUGGUUCCUUGAUCACUCCCAGCUGGAAUGAUUCAAGGUUUCCCACUCAAGGACAAGUUGUAGUGUCCUCGCAGUAUCCUCAUAUUCCGAAGGCCAAUAAAGAGUUUCUGUGACCUUCUAUCUAGAACCCGUGAGAGUUGAGACUGCAGCUGUACAUGAUGCAUAAAGGUGGCCACCUAUUUGAGGCAGCUGGGGAAAUGGGUACGAAUUUUUUUGUGGCUGGUGAAGGCUCAAGGGGGGUUUCUGUUACCCUGAGCAGUUUAUUUAUUUUUUCUUGCUAUUUCUUCUCUGUGAGUCUGUGUAUUGUGAAUGUAUUUAAAGUGAGUCAUCCAUUCAGAGGCUAUGUUCUGUAAUACAAAUACUGCUGAGUUGGGGCUACUUAUGUAUCUUGAUUGAACCGGGCUUACACUUUUGAAAUACGUUGAAAUACCAAGGUGUUGAAUGAAUAGUUAUCUUCUGGUUUGAAAA